GUGUUCCGUUCACUUCCGGGGUCAUGCCCUGCCACUGGCGGACUUGCCCGGAAGUGGAUCCCCGUAGCGCGCAGUGCUCGCUCUCUCUGGCCCCACGAAGGCAAGGAAAAAAGAAGGAAGGGGGCGGCUAGGGCCCAAGGCCUGGCGAGACUCUCCUUGCGGCCUGGUGCUUCGGCGGUCAUUUUGAAGCACCAAAACAUCAGCCAUGGAUUUUCAGCACCGACCAGGGGGUAAAACGGGGAGUGGGGGCGUUGCCUCUGCCUCGGAGAGCAACCGAGACCGCAGAGAGAGGCUGCGGCAGCUGGCCUUGGAAACUAUCGACAUCAACAAGGAUCCGUAUUUUAUGAAAAACCACCUGGGCUCUUACGAAUGCAAGCUUUGCCUGACAUUGCACAACAAUGAGGGAAGCUAUUUGGCCCACACCCAGGGGAAAAAGCACCAGACCAAUUUAGCCCGCCGAGCUGCCAAGGAAGCAAAGGAAGCCCCAGCCCAGCCAGCCCCCGAGAAGGUCAAAGUUGAAGUGAAGAAGUUCGUGAAAAUUGGGCGGCCAGGUUACAAAGUGACCAAACAGAGAGAUCCAGAGAUGGGCCAGCAAAGCCUCCUUUUCCAGAUCGAUUAUCCAGAGAUCGCCGAAAGCAUCAUGCCCAGGCAUCGCUUCAUGUCCGCUUAUGAGCAGCGGAUCGAGCCACCUGACCGCCGCUGGCAGUACCUCCUCAUGGCCGCUGAGCCCUACGAGACGAUCGCAUUCAAGGUGCCAAGCAGGGAGAUCGACAAGGCUGAAGGCAAGUUCUGGACUCACUGGAACCGAGAAACGAAGCAGUUCUUCCUUCAGUUCCAUUUCAAGAUGGAGAAGCCACCUGCGCCACAAAGCAUUCCUGCUGGACCAGCGACCGUGAAGAGGCCCCCGCCGCCGCCGCUCAUGAACGGCCUCCCACCCCGGCCACCGCUCCCCGACUCCCUCCCACCACCGCCGCCUGGCGGUAUGACGAUGCCCCCUAUGCCUCCCCCCGCAGGGCCUGUGCCGUUGCCUCCUGGCCCACCUCAGCUGCCCCCGGCGCCCGGCGUCCCCCCUCCUGCCCCGCUGCCCCCAAUGCUGAGACCCCCUCUGCCCUCAGAAGGACCUGGCAACAUCCCGCCGCCGCCCCCCAGCAACUGAAAAGCGUCUCAUUCCGAAGACUCGUCUUUCAGAGUGCCCUUUUGUGUACUUUCCGCCCUGGUUUUGUGUAUGUGUCUUUUUUAAAUACAGCAGCGGCUACUUUGGAAUCUUGUCCCUUCAUUAAAAAGGACUUGUCUUCUC